GGCCUCUAUACUCGGUACUUCCCCGAAUACCCGCGCAGACCCUAGUUCCUAGUUUGCAUAGCUGGCCUACAGACCAAUCUGUGGUUCAACAAAGCGUCGAUUGUUCGUUUUGUCAGUUACAACACUAGAAACGCUUAGUUUCUAUAACUUUAUCAUAUUAUAAGAGUGAGUGCGAAAUCCCAAUAUGAAUCCAGAGAAACCACCGGGAUAUUUUGAAUCUAACGCAGAAGUUCCCUAUCAGCCACUAGAAAACAACUCAUUUGCGCCCAACACUCAGUGGCCACAACAACCAUACUCUCAACCAAUGCCUUACGCGCCUAAUCAAUAUCCACCUGUCAGUCCAUAUGGCAACAUGGCACCAAAUCCGAACCAGCUCGUUUUUGCUACUACUAUUCAGCAACCACCAGCACCAGCUGCAACAACAGUUAAUGUGAAUACAGGGCCAAUUCAGAAACGGUACUGUUGUUCUUGUUGCUGCACACUUUUCUGGAUUAUUGUAAUACUGGUUGUUAUAGCUGGUAUUCAACGUUCAGUUUAAAUCUUUUUUUGAUAUUUUUGCUCUUUUUUUCUGAAUAUGUUAUGUUUCUAUCAUUAAUGCACUAACUACAAUGGAUAAUAAAAAUAGGUGAUAAAGGUU